AUUAUCACUAUGGCAGCAAACAAUGAUGAACUUGAUGAGAAAGCAAAACCACCAGUUAUUCAGCAAAAGGGACGCUUUAAGGUUACAUCUGAGAAUGUGUACUUGGAAAAGGUGGCACCAUCUCCUACAUUGCAAAAGAGUCACAGUUUGCAGGUGCUUACUCAACAUCCUGCUUUAACUACUUUAUCUACACCAUCAGAUGUUAUGCAACCAAGUCUUUCUGGCAAUUCUCUUUUCCCGCUGUUGAAUUCUGUACUGCAGACAAAUCUUCUUCAAAGGGAGAGUAUUCUUGGUCUAAUGAAGCAAAUCUCAGUUGGAGACUCAACAGCUAAUCGUGCAGUUGAUGGAAGCGGAACAUCAACAAAUAUGGCUUCAGGAGAAAGAUCUUUGCUGGAAGCAUCUCAUGAGAGGGAGAAGGAGUUGCUUCAUGAAAUAACCGAGUUGCAAUGGAGGCUCAUAUGUGCCCAAGAUGAACUUCAAAAAUAUAAAACAGAAAACGCUCAGGUUAAUCUUUAACGAACUUUGCGUCUCCUACCUUUGGGUUAUGAAUUAUAGAUUCUAACCUAUCGUUUUCAGGUAUAAUACCAUUUCCAACCGGUGCUCAAAUCGACCUAGAUCAAACAAUUAAACAUUAAACAAAACUAAAAAGGAAAGAAAAAGGAACAGUAUACGAAGAUGCAUUAGUAGCACAGUGUUAUUUCUUUGUGUUAUAGGUUUGUAUGAAGUUGUAGGUUUGGUUUAAAUAGAAAUUUCCAACUGGAUGCCGAAUCACCAAAUGACAUCUAAUAUUUGUACAUGAUUUUUAUAUUUGUGUAGUUCAGCAUGUAAGUUUAUAAAUGUAACAACCAAACGUUAAAAAGGCUUAUUUUUUCCUUGCCUAUGAA